AUGCAUGUGGUCGAAGGGCUUGUGCAAGGGCAUGCCGGGGUCGAUGAGCUUCCCAUCUUGAACGAGUUGCAUGAAUUUGGUAAUCCACGGGGGGUGAGUUUCGCCCGCGGGGCAAGUCGCCAUCGUGUCUGGAGGACAAAUGACGACGGGCACCGUGCCCUCCUGCUAGGUUACCCUUUGGACUACGAGCUGGAGGACGAGGUCGGCGAAGGCGAGGCGGCCCUGGAGGUGACCGUGGAAGAUGAGGACGCUCCGAAGAGAGAUUGGUCCGCUAAUGCUGAUGCUUGGUGCAAGAGCUGCUGGAAGAAGAUUGCACAGGGAGAGGCGGAGGCUUCUAAAGAGGCCUCCUCCUCGGGUUCGUCCUCGAGUACAGAAAUCGAGGAUCCGGAGCAAGAGGAUGCAGCGCGGCGAGCUUAUGUGGCACAGCAUGUAAGUGCUGACCUCGUGUAUGUUUGGGAGGAGAUGGGGGUCAGCCUGUUGCAUCAGCGCGAGCUUGGCGAGCGAUAUCGUAGUGUUGCUUUGUUUUCUUCCAUUGCGGACACGCGGGCUGAUGCCCGGGCAACCCUGCGGAAUGAAGUGACCGUGGGGGAUAAUGCAGAUGGAAGCGCGGCCAUUGCAGCCUUAGUGGCCGCAUGGCAAUCUUGCUAUGACAUGGCCGACCAGGAGCGGCGCUUGAAGGCUGAGGCACAUGUGCUGGGCUUGCCUAAGCCUCUGCCCUCGAAUGAUCGGAUGGGCAUGCGGCAUGCUUUAGAGGGUGUCGUAGGAGCAUUGGAGGAGAAAGAUGAGCCCAGCUCCACUUAUCUUGCUCUCAAGCUAGAGGAAGUGGAGGCAGGCGAGCUACGUGCUGCUGUGCUCGAUGAGGUGACAAGUGUUUCUGAUGAAGUGAAUGCUCAGUUUCAAUCCUCGGUGGACUCAUCAGGCCGUUUGCGGCUUGUCAAAGAGAGGAAGAAAGCCAAGCUCCCCUCGACUUCCGAGGAGCUUCGACAGAGGCUGCGAUUGGAAUGCCACGCGUUUCUCAUGCUGGCAGCUCGCUUUCGCACUAAGCCUUGGUUCGUGGAUCUUCGUGUGCAGGAUUUCACUAAGCAUGUGGAUUAUGUGCUGGGGGACAAGGUUUAUCUUCUCCAGAUGUCCCGGACAGAUGGCUCAUCAGGCACGCAAGCAGUGAAUCCCUCGUGGACCCUACUUUUGAAUUUCGAACAUCGUCUUCGCAAAGAAGCUUACAAGAGGGCUUGUCGGGACAACAGGGACAUUGCAACCACCUUGGGUGAGGUCAGGGCUGAUGCUGCCUUGAAGGAGACCUACUUCGUGGGUCCAUUGGCGCUUGAGUUGGCAAGCGCCGACAAGGGGAACAAGGGCCGUGACAACAAGGGGCGAG